UGUGAAGACGUAUAUUCCAUAUAAGUAAUUGUGCUUUGUUUAAGAUUCAUAUCAUAAAGAAGUUUUAACUUGUGACAAUGUUAAAAUAUUGUGAGGUGGACUCCGACGCGGAAACCUAUCGCAGAACAAUGAGUGGCGAAAGUGAACUGGAAAUCAGCGUAUAUCCAGAGCCCCACGGCGAGUCGCCGCCUGAAGAGGGAUCGGCUCAACCGACUGACGAUAUGAGCAAAUAUGCUUACGAUCAAGUCAUAGCGGAUUCACUUGCGGAAAAUAUGUACAAUCUAUCAGUGGAGUCAGAUUUAGACGAUGACGACGGUGAUUUCAGCCCAUACGCCUCUUCUCGCGGACCACCACUUCCAUUUGUUUUGAGCGACUAUCUAGGAAUCGAUGCCGAAGAAUCUGAUAUCGAUUAUAAGAUAAGCAAAAUUGAAGGCUUGGAACACAUGGUUGUAAAUAGUCCUCUCUGGUAUAUUCAUGUCAGGCCACACUUGACUUUUCUAGAACGACAAGAAUUGUGGGACAGGACUCCUUGGGCAGUAAAAUUUUAUUGGGAUGACUCCGACAAUGCUGGUGCUGAUGACGAUGAUCCUGCCGCUCCUCCGUUAUAUACGGAUCAGUACUAUAACGAUAUUAUUUAAAAGUUUUUCUGAAGUAUGUUUCGUUUAAUGUAAAAUCAUGUCAUUUUGUUUUUUCCUUGACAUAACAUAUGAUAUCGUUUAUAGUCCAUUAUUUUAUUCGAGAUAUGUUGUCCUCAAGUUAGUAGCUUUCGAGUAGGGUUAUGCGACAUUGAAGAUUGUUUAGAAUGGUCUUAUAAAAAUAUUAUAAUAAGGUUCUACUUUUUCAACCUGAAUCUUUAAUCCUUUUAAUAUUAUAUAACGUUUAUGUAACGUGCUAAUGUAACUUGUCAGAAUAACUGGCAUUUUUUAUUUAUCGAAAAUAUAUAGAAUAACAUAAUUAUAUAUUAUAUUAUAUAUAUAUUAUAAUAAACCAGACAAACAUCGUAACGAUAGUAAUAAUAUAUGAGUAGAGUUUUUGUUAAGCAAGAGAUGUCUUUGUGAAUAUAUAAAUAGAAGAAGUCUGAUAUUCCCAUGAAAAUAAUCGCACUACAAUAAUGAAAAAAUGAAUAAAAUUUCAUACAUUGUUCACGUUUAUAAAUAACACUUGCUAUAAUAAUGCGACGAG